UCAACCACCUUUUUUGCCGAUCCACAGUUGUUGAUUGCUUCUAAUGGAAGUCCAAAAUUCAAUGUUUAAUUUGCUUGAAUAUACGAAGGAAUGGUUUCGCUUUUAAAGUAGUAUAGUCACAUUAUUCUUUCCUUCAUUUGAUUUCGGAUUCACUAUUCAAGUUUAUUUGAUUUUUGCAGCAGGAAAUGAUAGAUAGAGAGUAAACAGGUUUAAUAGAGAAUGGGGAAUGUCAUGGGUACAGUGUUAUCAGGUUUUGGGGAAAUUCUGGGCAAAUUGCUUGGUCAUCCACUUGAUUUCUUGGCUGGAAAGGCUUGCAGCUCUGUAUGUGCCCCAACAUGGGAUUUUCUAUGUUACAUAGAGAAUUUUUGCAUUUCUCAACUGCUGAAAUCCACCAUGGUAUCAAUCCUAUUAUAUUUCGUUGUGUUAUUCCUCUACUUACUUUACAAGUUGGGAAUUUGUCAGUGCAUUUGUCACAUACUGUGUAGAUGUACUUGGGCUUGCUUCUCCACUUGUUUCUCAGUCUUGGAUUGCUGUUGCACUUUCCUCUGUUUCAAGUUUCAGCAACUUCUUCUUACACCUAGAAGACGUCAAAAAUCUGACAUUGAAGGUGAAGGGAGCUUUUCAUGUAGAAAAAUUGAUGGGAGAAGAAGAAGAAGAAGAAGAUCGAUUAGGGAGCAUAGGAAAGAGCAUAUGAGAAAAUCAUUGAGGCCAAUAAAGAGUCAUCGAAUGCAAGUGGAGAUUGUUAAUGAUUCUAUCCACCCAAAGAAAAAGCUCAAAAUUGGGAACAGUAAUGAAUUUAGGCCUGCUGAUCACAUUCGAGUGAGUAGAAGACCAAAUUUUGCACGAAAAGGAACGUACAAGGGUUCAUCACAUCAUCCAUAGAGAAGGCUUCUCAUUCAUACUGUUUUCUAAAAUUUGAAGUUUCUUACUAGUAAUAUUAUGGACAUUUUAACCUGUUGUUAUAUGAAAUACUAUGUCUUAUUUUUCAGUUUAGUAAAAUAAUCUUUUUUUGA